UUCACACAUCGCUGGUUUUAAUUCUAGGCACAUUCGUUUAGAUAUUUGAACACCCAUCAUCUUUCCUCCUCCAUCGGCGUCGACGCCUUUCCCGGUUAAUUCCAGUACCAUACAGUCUUUACUGUACAUUUUUGUGCAAUAGUCAUUUGCAUCUGUAAAAAAAUACAAUAGGGUCAAAUUUGGCGUGAUGAUGUGGAUUAGUUUCUCCGUCAGUGCUAAGAUUGACUAGAUUUAAUUGUUCCACCAGACCAUGCAAAAUAUUCCGGCGAAAACAACACACUGCAAGGAAUAGUUUUAUUUAUAAAGCUAAUUUGUAAUUUUAUUUUUAUUUUGUAUUAUAAUUUGUUUUAUGCCGAAUCGUUUGAUUUAUUUGAGUAGUUCUGAGAAAGAAAAAGGGAAGAAAAGGAAGAAGGAAAACCACAAACAGCCAUGUCCUUCAGGAGGGGUGUUGUCAGACAGAGUAAGUUCAGGCAUGUAUUUGCCCAGGCAUGGAAGGCUGAGCAUUGCCUUGAUGAUGUCAGAGUGUCACGCGUGACAUGGGAUGGUCCGCUGUGUGCUGCCAAUCCGAAGUUUAUCGCUGUCAUCAUUGAGGCUGGAGGGGGCGGAUCCUUUCUUGUGUUGCCGCUUUCCAAGAGUGGUAGAGUGGACCAAAACACCCCGACUGUGUGCGGUCACGCCGCUCCAGUGCUAGAUGUGCAGUGGAGCCCACAUGAUGACAAUGUUAUUGCCAGUGCCUCAGAAGACUGCACUGUGAAGAUUUGGCAAAUUCCUGAUGGCGGUCUUGCAACACCCAUGUCUGAAGCUGUUGUGACUCUUGAGGGCCACAGUAAACGAGUGGGCAUCCUAGCCUGGCAUCCUUCUGCUCUCAACAUCCUGUUGACUGCAGGGUGUGAUAAUGUUCUAUGUGUGUGGGAUGUGGGCACCGGGGAGCUGGUGUACCAGCUGAGUGAGGCCCAUCCAGACCUGAUAUACAGCGUUAGCUGGAAUCGUGAUGGAAGUGCGCUUUGCACCACCUGUAAAGACAAAGCCUUGCGUGUCAUUGACCCCCGGCGUGGAACUGUCCUAAAGGUGCGGGAAAAGGUCCAUGAGGGUACCAGGCCAAUGAGGGCCGUCUUUCUGGCUGAUGGGAAAAUCCUUACGACCGGAUUCAGUCGCAUGAGUGAGAGACAGCUCGCCCUUUGGGAUACGAGAGAUCUCUCAGAGCCAAUGGUGACUCAGGAAAUGGACACCAGUAACGGAGUUCUAAUUCCAUUCUAUGACCCAGACACCAACAUGGUUUACUUGUGUGGGAAGGGCGAUUGUACCAUUCGUUACUUUGAGGUGACAGAUGAGUCACCGUAUGUUCACUUCCUAAGUCUGUACAGCAGUAAGGAGCCACAGAGAGGUGCAGGUUUCCUCAGCAAACGAGGAGUGGAUGUUAACAAAUGUGAAAUAGCAAGGUUCUAUAAGCUGCAUGAGAGGAAGGUUGAGCCCAUUUCUAUGACUGUGCCUCGUAAGUCUGACCUGUUUCAAGGGGAUCUGUACCCGGAUACAGCGGGAUUAGAGCCUGCUCUGCUGGCAGAAGAUUGGAUAGCAGGUCAGGAUGCUCCUCCGACCCUCAUUUCUCUUAGCGGAGGCUACACAGCCCCUCCAUCCAAAUGCGGCACGCUCAGGGGUCUACCCAAACUGCUUUCUCAGACCAACACUAGUCCCAGCAGCACGACUGCACCAGCAAACCCUGUGGCAGUGGCGAUGGAGAGUGAGGCGGUGGGCCAUGGACGAGGAGGGAGGGAAAUGGAUGGAGGGAACGAGAGAGUGAAGAAAGAGGAUGACCAACUUUCUGAUAUUUUAACGGAGGUGCGAGCUCUGCGUGCCCUGGUUCUGGCUCAAGGCCACAGGAUUGAUGUACUGGAAAGACAAUUCACCCGCAUUGAGGACGGAGAAGUGUGAAGACAACUACAAAAAUACGAGAACACAUAGCUUUACUCAGAUUCAGAAAGCUUCACUGAGGGAUUAUGGGAAGUGUAGUUACAUUUAUGUGGCAAAGCGAUACAAAGAAGCGAUUUAGCUUUGAGCAUUAUUGGAACACUUUAAAAGCACUGACAUUUGAUAUCAUAAAUGCUGCUUAUUUUUGUGCUUUUAAUAGGGCUGUCAGGUACUGACUUCUGCUAACUAUACUUGUCUGCAUUUGGUUGGGUCAGCAUUUGCAUAAACAUGCAAACUAAUGAGAAACAGACUUAAUGCUCUCUUGUAGCAUGUAUUAAGACAGCAUUUAUGUAUGCAUCUACUUAAUGAAAUUAGACUCCUUCAGGAAAAUAUAAUAAUCCAACAUGCUGAAUUGAUACCUUUUUCACUAAAGCUUGAUGGUGCAUAUUAAUAUUCAUUGACCAGCACUGUUCUUUGGUUAAGCUGCCAUAAAUAGUUCCUCUCUUCCAUUUCUUGACUUAAAAAUGUAGCGUUCAUUUUGGAUGUGCUUAGAGUUUUGUGAGUAGAUCCGUGUGUAUGUGUUAGAAACUAAUUUUUUGUUGAAGGCAUUUGUGAGCUAUCAAUAUAGAAAAAGAAACAUUAUCUCAUAGAGUAAUAGAGCUGACUGUCAGAUGCAGAUCUCUUAAGGUGAUUCUUAUGAAAGCAAGUUCAGGUCACAUUUCACCCCCAAAAGAAAUGAGAAAUUCUAUUUUGCAUAAGGACCAUUGCCAUUUUUAGCAUUGUGGUGAUAGAGCACACUUUCCCCAGCAAUUGCUCACUACUGUUAUGCGUCCGGUAACUUUACUAAGUGAUUCUCAUUAGAUUCCUAUACUGUAAUGCAAAAGCGUACUCUCAUUACAGUUAAUGUAAUUGAGCUGGGUGCUUAAUUGUCAUGAUCAAAAUAAAUAAAUAAAAAACAAGCGUCAUUUAGGCUAAAUUCAAUUUAUUUUAUUAUUUUUGGGGGGGAUAAAUAUGACCUGGAUUUGUUAAAUGUUUUUGUGAGACGUGUUGAUCUCACUUCUUCCAUUGAUGUAUAAUUGUGCUUCAUUCCUUUUUGAUUGAACAUGAAAAAUCGAGAAGAUUGAUGUGAUGUGGAUCGGUCUAGAUGGUGGUGUUUUUUUGUAUUUUUCUCUCUCUAAGUCUUUAAUCAUGGGCACUACAAUCAGGGAUGACAGUUCAGGUAUGACUCAUCCUUCUCUGUGAUUUAUUUUUUAUGUUAUGCUUUACUUGCUGUAUAUGUUGUAAAUGAUCUAAUUACCCAGUUAAUUUAAACGUAAGUGCAAACUUAAUCUGUACUUUAUAAUAAACAAC